UUGCUGUCCAGUCAAUUCCUCAAGUGAACAAGAAGCACCUGCUUAUCCAUGGCUGCUCAAACCCUUUCAUCAUCUUCCGAACCUCGUUGGAAUCGCGAUGUCUUCUUGAGUUUUAGAGGUGAAGACACCCGUAAAACCUUCACUGAUCACCUUUACACCGCCUUAUUGCAUGCCGGAAUUCACACAUUCCGAGAUGACGAAGAGCUUCCUAGAGGGAACCACAUCUCUACCGAAUUGCUCAAAGCUAUUCAAGGUUCAAAGGUUUCUAUUGUUGUUUUUUCCAAAGGAUAUGCUUCUUCCAGUUGGUGUCUUGAUGAGCUUGUGGAGAUCUUACACUGUAAGAAUACCAUGGGCCAAACUUUUCUUCCCAUAUUUUAUGACGUGAACCCCUCGGACGUGCGAAGACAGACAAGAUCUUUUGCCGAAGCAUUUUUUAAGCACGAAGAGCAGUUUCAGGCGGAGAUGGAGAGGGUGCGGAAGUGGAGAGCGUCUCUUACUGAAGCUGCAAACUAUUCCGGUUGGGAUAUCCAAAACGUUGCAAACGGGUACGAAUCAAGGUUGAUCGAGAAAAUUGUUGAAGAAGUUUCGCAUAAAGUGAAUAAUGCUUGCUUGAAUAUUGCCAAACAUCCAAUAAGUAUAAAUUAUCGUACUGAAAAGAUGAAAGCUUUAUUAAAUCUUGGAACAAGAAGUGAUGUUCGCAUUGUAGGCAUCUAUGGCAUGGGUGGAAUCGGUAAAACAACCUUAGCCAAAGCCAUUUAUAACCAAAUAUAUAAUGGGUUUGAAGGAAGCACUUGUCUUUUAGAUAUUAAAGAAACAGAACAUCGCUAUGGUUUAGUUCAUUUGCAAGAACAACUUCUUUCUGAUGUCUUAAAAACCAAGGACUUGAAGAUUGCCAAUGUUGAUAGAGGAAUCAAUUUGAUUAAGGAAAGAUUUCGUUGUAAAAGAGUUCUUGUUAUCCUUGAUGAUGUGGAUCACUUGAAACAACUCAAUUCAUUAGCUGGAAGCUCAGAAUGGUUUGGUCCAGGAAGUAGAAUCAUUUUAACAACUCGAGAUGAAUAUUUGUUAACUAAACUUGGAGUACAUGAAAAAUAUAAGGUCGAGGAAUUUAAUCAUGAGGAAUCUCUUCAACUUUUUAGUUGGCAUGCCUUUAGGAUGGCUCAUCCAAUAGAAGAUUACCGAGAGCUUUCAAUUAGUGUAGUUAAUUAUGUGGGAGGGCUUCCAUUAGCUCUUGAAAUUUUGGGUUCCUCUCUAUUAGGAAGAAGCACUAUUGAGUGGAAAGCUGCAUUGGAAAAAUUACAAAAACAUCCUCACCAUGAGAUUCAGAAAAUACUUAGAAUGAGCUUUGAUUCACUAGAUGAUGAUACUGUGAAGGACACAUUCCUUGAUAUUGCGUGUUUCUUUGUUGGCAUGGACAAAGAUUAUGCCAUCAAAAUAUUCAAUGGUUGUGGUUUCUUUCCGGAUAUUGGUAUAAAUAUUCUCAUUGAGAGGUCUCUUGUGACAAUCAAUGCCAAAAAUGAGUUGAGGAUGCAUGAUUUGAUUCGCGAUAUGGGAAGGGAGGUUGUUCACGAAAUGUCACCCAAGGAUCCAGGAAAACGUAGUAGAUUAUGGUUUCACGAGGAUGUCUUAGAUGUGCUUAACAAACAUCUGGGAUCAGAAGUAAUAGAGGGUCUCAACCUAAGUCUACCUGCACUUGAAGUUGAAGAUGUACGAAUACGAUUGAAAACUGAAGCAUUUGCGAAGAUGAAAAAUUUGAGAUUGCUCCAAAUCGAUGGUGUAGAUUUCACAGGAUGCUAUGAACAUCUUUCCAAAGAGUUAAGAUGGCUUCAUUGGCACAAGUGCCCUCUGAAAUUUCUACCACCAAAUUUUCAUCUAGAGAAACUUGUUAUCCUCGACAUGCAGCAUAGUAAUAUCAAACAAGUUUGGAAAGAGAUCAAAGUACUCAACAAGUUAAAAGUUCUGAAUCUCAAAGGUUCUAAAUGUCUCACCCAAUCGCCAAACUUCUUAGCACUCCCACAUUUGGAGAUUCUGAUACUCAAAGGUUGCACGAGUUUGGUUGAGGUACAUGAAUCCAUUGGACAUUUGGAAAAACUUGUUUUAUUAAACUUACAAGGAUGCAAGAACUUGAAGAAUCUUCCGGAAAGUAUUUCAAACUUAUAUUCUUUAGAGACUCUUAACUUAUCUGGCUGCAUAAAAAUUGACAAGUUACCAAAACACUUGGGAAAUAUAAUUGCUUUAACAGAGCUACUUGCUAAUGGAACUGCUUUUAGAAAACUACCACAUUUCUUUUGGUUUUUUAAUCAACUCAAAAUUGUAUCAUUAUCUGGAUGUAAAGCACAAUCCUCAAGAUCAUGGAUGUCAAGUUUCUUGUCAUGGAUAUCACCAAAAUGCAAGAAACCCAUAAAUUUGUUACGAAUUUCUGGAUUAUGUUGUUUGACAGAUCUGAAUCUCGGUGGUUGCAAUUUGUUUGAAGAUGAGAUUCCUAUGGCUUUUGGGAGUUUAUCUUCACUCAAAAAUUUGGAUUUAUCGAGAAACAAAUUUUGUAGCCUGCCUCGUUGCAUUGGUGGCCUUCCUAAAUUAGAUCAUCUUUUGUUGCAUGGUUGUACAAGUCUCCAAUCAAUUUCCGAACUUCCUGCAAGUUUAGUCCACUUGUAUGCAGAGGGCUGCUCCUCAUUGCAGAGACUCCCAAAUGUGUCGAACCAGGAAAGCUUACAUACAUCUUUUUACAUGGAUAAUUGUUACAGUCUAGCAUAUGAUUUCAGGAAGAGUCUUCUCCAGUACUUGUCCAAUUGUGGUGACCGGUAUCGUUACAUUGAGCUCCCUGGUGGUGAGGUUCCAAAUUGGUUCAGCCAUAAGAGAAAUGGAUCUAAUUCGAUAUCCCUUCAAAUGCCUUCACUUCCAAAGGGUCAAAUCAAGGGGUUAUUUCUUUGUGCUGUUUGGUCACCCGAAGAACAAACAGGGUUGAACGGCGUGUCCUACGCGCCGCUCAAUAUUAACAUUAACAACCGCCCUUCGGGGAUAACCCAGGUGAUUCCUGUAAAUUUUGAUAGCAAUGUUUACAGCCGCAAUUCCUUCGGCGAUCAUUCCUGCAUAAUGUAUAUACCCAAUCCAUUUACUGGAGCUGAAAUAGCAAGUGGAAUGGAAAUGAACAUAGAUUUCGAUCUUCAUGGACUCUGGGAAUUGAACCAGUGUGGAAUUCAUCUACACGUUGAUGAGCCAAAUGCAAUAAUGGAUUCCAAAUAUUCAUUGGAUAUGGUGUCCGCCAAGAGAGGUCGUGAUCAUGACAAUGAGGCCGGAUCAAGCGUUAGUGACGAAAACUGCCAAAAAAGAUCAAGGAUCGUUGACUCUGAAGCGUAAGAAUGAAAGGACUUGUUAAUAUGUUUAUUCAAAAUAAAUUGAAUUUUGUUUCUAUAUAUAACACUACAAAUCCUACAUCUUAUAUAUAACCUCUAUUUUUUUAAA